UAGACUGGUGUGGGGCAUGCUUUGCGUGUGUGACGUCAUGCUAAGCCGCCAUGUUUUCCCUGGUGUCUGAGUAAGAGAAAGAAAUAACGAGAGAAGGGUGGAAAUUAUAAAAAAAAAUAUCUAUGUAUUUAAAGAAACAAGUUGGAAGUAAGUUCAAGCCCUUGUAGGUAAUAGAGUGAGCUAUGAUGAACCAGAAGCUAGUGUUAUUUGGACGUUUGUAAGCGAGUUGGAAGACGCUGUGACAUUUGUGUGCGGCUGUUUGCCUGGUGAAACUUCAAACAUAUUUUGUUCCUCUUAAACAACAAUGAGAACUCGUAGCAUUCCUCCACUCUAAUAAUAAGAAAGAGAAGUUAAAACAUUAUUCCAUCUUACCAAGACUCCCAAGGCAGGUACACACUUGCGAUAACUGGCCAAGACUACUCAAGCUUCAUUCAAAAAUAAUUUAGGAGUAAUUACUUUUUUGGAUAGUGCCCUUAGCUGCCUAAAGCUAUGGCCACACGAGGAGCUAACCCUCACGGGUUACGGCAGAUCAAUUUAGAUGAAAUAUGGGACGAUUUGAAGGAAGGAAUCCAGCAUGUGUACAAUCAGCAAAGUAUGUCUAAACAAAGAUACAUGGAACUAUAUACACAUGUAUACAAUUAUUGUACUAGUGUUCAUCAGCAGUCGCAGUCUAGGGUACCUAAGCAAAAGAAGGCUCCCAAUCAAGGUGGUGCUCAAUUUGUUGGACAUGAGUUGUAUAAGAGGUUGAAGGAAUUCCUAAAAUCAUACCUUCUCAAUAUGCAAAAGGAUGGGGCAGAUCUGAUGGAUGAAUCUGUAUUGAGAUUUUACUCAAGUCGCUGGGAAGACUAUAGAUUUUCAAGUAAGGUGCUAAAUGGUGUGUGUGCCUACUUGAACAGGCACUGGGUACGACGAGAGUGUGAUGAAGGCAGGAAAGGCAUUUAUGAAAUAUAUCAACUUGCUCUGGUUACAUGGAGAGAACAUCUAUUCCGUCCAUUAAAUAAACAAGUCACCAAUGCAGUCCUUCGCCUCAUUGAAAGGGAAAGAAAUGGAGAGACUAUUAACACAAGAUUAGUUAGUGGAGUUAUUCAGUGUUAUGUUGAACUGGGCUUGAAUGAGGAGGAACAAUCUUCUAAAGGACCUGCCCUCACCGUGUACAAACAGUAUUUUGAGUCUGUAUUUCUUGAAGACACUGAGCGUUUCUAUACGGCAGAGAGUGUGGAGUUUCUACGGGAAAACCCUGUUACAGAGUACAUGAAAAAGGCUGAAGCACGACUGCUUGAGGAACAACGUCGGGUGAAUGUCUACCUUCACGAGAGUACUCAAGAUGAACUUGCGAGAAAGUGUGAACAAGUUCUUAUAGAAAAACAUUUAGACAUAUUUUAUGCUGAAUUUCAAAAUUUGCUAAAUGAUGACAAGAAUGAAGAUCUCGGUCGUAUGUACAGCCUAGGCUCAAGAAUACCAGAUGGACUCGUCCAGCUGCGAACCUUACUAGAAAAUCACAUUUGCUACCAGGGUCUUAAUGCACUAGAAAAAUGUGGAGAACAAGCGUAUAAUGACCCUAAGGUGUAUGUGGAAACCAUCCUGGAGGUACAUCAUAAAUACAAUGCAUUGGUGCUGACAGCUUUCAAGAAUGAUGCUGGCUUUGUUGCAGCCUUAGAUAAGGCCUUUGGCAAGUUUAUCAACAGCAAUGCAGUAACAAAGCAAGCUCAGGCUUCAUCCAAGUCACCUGAAUUACUUGCCAGAUACUGUGAUUCUUUGCUCAAGAAAAGUUCAAAAAAUCCUGAAGAAGCUGAACUAGAAGACAUUUUAAAUUCUGUGAUGGUUGUAUUCAAAUACAUAGAGGAUAAAGAUGUUUUCCAGAAGUUUUAUGCCAACAUGCUUGCCAAGCGCCUUGUACAACACAACUCAGCAUCUGAUGAUGCAGAGGCCAGUAUGAUUUCCAAACUUAAGCAAGCAUGUGGCUUUGAGUACACAUCCAAACUACAGAGAAUGUUCCAAGACAUAGGAGUCAGCAAAGACCUGAAUGACAAGUUUAAGGCUCACCUAGCCAAUACAGGAUCACUAGAUUUGGAUUUUACCAUUCAAGUAUUAAGUUCUGGCUCAUGGCCAUUCCAGCAGUCGUGGACCUUUUCACUUCCUGCUGAGAUGGAGAAGAGUCACCAGAGGUUUACCACAUUCUACAGCAGUCAGCAUAGUGGGCGUAAACUUCACUGGCUCUAUCACAAGUCCAAGGGUGAGCUGGUCACAAACUGUUUUAAGAACCGCUACACUCUUCAGGCGUCCACAUACCAGAUGGGUGUGCUUCUUAUGUUUAACACCGCUGACAGCUACACAGUGGAGCAAAUCCAAGAACAGACGCAGCUCAAGAUGGAGCUUCUUAUCCAAGUACUUGGAAUUCUGCUAAAGACUAAACUUCUGUUGUGUGACACUUGUGAAGAUGUCAGUGGAUUAGAACCCUCCUCUGUACUCAAGCUUUUCUUUGGGUAUAAGAAUAAAAAACUUCGAGUGAAUAUAAAUGUACCAAUGAAGACAGAACAGAGGAAUGAGCAAGAACAAACACACAAGUACAUAGAAGAAGACCGCAAGCUUCUGAUACAGGCUGCCAUUGUGAGGAUUAUGAAGAUGCGUAAAAUGCUCAAACAUCAACCUCUGCUGGCAGAGGUGCUGUCACAGCUUUCUAGUCGCUUCAAGCCAAGAGUGCCAACCAUUAAGAAGUGUAUAGAUAUCCUGAUAGAGAAGGAGUACCUCGAGCGCGUAGAGGGAGAAAAAGAUACGUACGCAUAUCUUGCUUGAAGGAAACUGUUGCUAGAUCACCUACAGUGCUGAAACAAGAAAGAAAAUGAAGAGGUUGGGUGGACACCCUAGAAGAGAUUCCGGCGAAUGACUUGAGAUGGAGUACAGAGCAUACCUCCAAAUGCAACUGCCCCCCGGACACCAACACACUAAUCUUAAAUUUAAUUACCUAAAGAUAAUCAUCUUCGGAAUUUUGUUGUAAUCCAAGCAUGGCAAUUCUUGCACGCACCUCCUGAUUGGUCACCAUGUAAUGGGUUAUUGUUUAUGAUAGUGACAGCAGCCUUUUGAUAUUUUACUCAUCAUUUAGUGUUCUGUACCUUAGAUCAGAAUUUGGAAGUUUAUAUAUAAAGUAUUGUUGCCUUGA